AUGAACGUUUGACGGUGCUGCUGCUCGAACUGUACGCGGUGCGAAAAUUGACAGAAAUUUGGUGUUUUUCUAAAGCUUUGAGGGCUAAAAAGUGUACCCAAGUGGACCACUAGUGCUGGCGGUGGUGAGUGGGUUGUAAUUUUUGGUCCAAGACGUGGUUUCCUGUGGAUUUCAGAGUAUUUUCCCUAGGAAAAUCGAUAGAAGUAUAGCUUAGGUUUUAUUUAUCACCGUAACCCGAGACAACCACAGACGGGACAGUUAAAAUCUAUUAGGGGGCAGUGCAGUUCCAGUUAGUGUUGCAGCGAAACAAAAUUAAUAAGGAGUGAAAAAAAACCAAACGGACAGACAUUCCGUGCUAAAUUCCGACGGCAGUCACGAACGUCAUGUUGCACUAGGAAGAGGGGUUUGGUGCAAGUUACACUGCAGUUAGGCCUGCCGGGCUCUCCUCGCUUCCUGCUCGCACCACAAUGGAGGAACUGUUGAUGACUAUCGUGAAGGAAGCUACUGGCAGCAAGCAGCAAAAUUUAAAACAAGCCGCACAAAUUGCACAUGACAAACUUUUGCGACAGCAUGGAAUUCAUCGGGAUCCUUCGUACGAGCUUCGGUCGGUUUGCUUUACUGCGCUGCAAAUGGCACUGGAGACGAAGCGGCCGAAAUUCGUCACGUACGGAUUGAACGGUUUGCACCGUAUCAUUCGAGACGAGCGAUUUUUCUUCGGUCUUGAACCGGAGGAUGACUCCCUGUGGCUGCCGGCGCAACUGCUGCGUGCUACAUCCGGCAUGUCAACCGUCGGGAACGAAGAUACCGUGGUGAACGUGCUGCGCCUAUUCCUCUCGAUGGCCUGCUCCCCAACAUGUACCCUAAACGGACGAUUACUGAUCGAGCUGCUCUCGAAGUGUGGCGAAUGCUGGGAGAAUGGAUCACGCGCUGUUAAGGCGGCCUCACUGGCCGCCGGCAGUCAAUGUCUGCGAGCGUUCUGCACUUUUCUGAAGGACGAAGCGGAAGAGAUCCUUCGCACAGGGCCGGCUGGUAUCAUCAACCUCGGCAUGGCGGCUGCGGUGUAUAACGAGGUCAUUCCGGUUAUGCAGUGGCUUUGCAGCAGACUAAUCGAACCAAGCACCGGCAGCCCCAAGCGGGCCGAUUCCGUGGGUUCGCUCUACCUGAUGGAGUGCAUUUUAACGCUGGUAACGUCGCUCCCUCCGGAUGUGCACGCUAAUCCCCACUUUACCGCUUUUCUGUGGCAAAAGUUCUGCCCCACACUGGCCGCGACGCUCGGUUCUCCCGGAAGGGUUAAUAUGGAUAAAAAGUUUACCUACAAGGACGCCAUUCAUUUGAUCGAAAGCGAACAUCGUGGAUUUUUCACACGUCCGGGGCUGGACGGUCCGCAGGCACGCUGCAUUUAUCUCACCAGCAUUCAACUGCUGCGGAUUGCUGGGGCGCAAGGUACGCUGCGACCCAUGCUGGAGGCACUCUUUCACCGGAUGCUGCUCCUGCCGGUGCCAGCCAACCGUGCCGAGCCGCUACGCUGCGUACGAGAGAUUCUAAGGAGCCCCGAGCGGUUGAUCGAUCUCUCCGUCAUACUGUACCCGGACAAAUCACAGGGACAGAGUUGCAGUGAUGAUAUGGCUUUGUUUCGACUAAUAAUCGACGCUAUGGAGGAAUGCGCCACAACCUCGCAGAGUGGAGGUAACUCGGUGGAUAACUCGAUGAACUCCAGCGUGGAGUGCAUCGUGGCACUGCUGGAAAGUUUGCAAACCCUGUGCUCCGGCCGAUUCGAUGAAUCACUGCUCAGCGAUCGGAUCGCCGAUGCAAUCAACACCCGCUACUACCUUCUGCGGGAAGCAGACUACACCGGUCCGUUGACGUACCAAUCGAUGGCUCGACUGCCGGCUCCCUACCGGGAUGCCGUAGCCGAGCUUCGGCAGAGUGGUUUCGAAACGUCCUCCGAGUCGGAGGUUGAUGCCGAGCAUCAAAUCGAUCCCGAGGCAGGAUCGCUGGGCUCUGGCGAUACGGAAGGCCCGGAAGAUGAGGCACACUCCUCAAGCGAUGAUGUCUCUUCCAAGGCGGAUGGAAACUGGCCUUGGGCACACUUGGAAGAACCUCCGCACGUUCGCUCCGAUGUGGACUGCGAUCGACACCACGCGCGGGAGUUCGCUAAAGUAGUCUCCAAAGAUCUCGUCCCCAAUCUCCUCAAACUGAAAGCUUCAGUGGAAGUUGAUGAAGCCAUCCAGGAGUUCGCCUCCAGUAUCUGUCAACUGAAUAGCAUGAACUAUUCCGACUACGAUUACAACCUGACGGCGUUGAACGCCGAUGGAAUUUACCUGGCGACCUACUCGGCACUACUGCUAGCUCUCCAACUGAUGAAAACCGGUCACUACGAGGAGGGCCACGAACCGAUCCUAAUUCCCCUAUCAGAGCAACAGUUUGUCACAUCCGUUCAAAACGCCGGCGUUUUGGUGUACCUCAGUUCUGCCUGGCUUCGUGAACUGUACCAGUGCAUUCUGGCCACCAAUCCGUUGGCUUCGCUUAAAACUAUCGAAAACACGGACGGUUCCCAUUGCGCCCUGGUGGACAUGUUGUACGACGCUGGUGGAAUCGGUCCAACGCAGAUGCUAUCCGACUGGCAACGACUGCAGUCGGUUGUUCGCGUUCAAAGUGAACCCAACGGAAAGCAACUGGCCGCGAAGAAACUCGCCCGUAGAUUGUUAACCUGCUGCUGGGACUCGAUGGUAACCGUGCUGACCGCUGGUUUGGGAGAAGUCGACGAAUCCCGUACCAAUCGACUGAUGAAACUAUCGAAGAAGACACUGCGGGUCAAAAAGAAGUCCCGCUGCUCCGGGGAGGCUUUGUACGCCCUCAGCCUGGAAGGACUUCACGCGGCGGCCACGCUAAGCAACGCACUAAAUCUGCAACAUUUGGCCGGGAAGAUUCUUAACCUCAUAGCGAUCAAUGUAUGCCAGAAUUCCGGCCCGAAGAUCCCCGCCAGUCAGGCUUUGUCGAUGGAUGUGGUGCUAUCCGGUGGUUUAGAGUUGGGCUCGCACUCCGCGGACUGCUGGUUGCCGGUGUUCUCCGUGUGUCGACACGUAACACAGUUGGAGCAUGAUUUGUUCAGCUCACAGAAUGCCGCCAUGGGCGGUACAUCGUCGAAUGUUGGCAACAACGGCAAGGAGGCUGAGUCACCGAGCAAAGGAGGCGCCCAAGUGGAUAAAUUAAACCUAUCGUCGUAUCCGAUCGAUGAGGAUGAAACUUGCGUGGAUGUGUACAGCUUCCUGCAGGCUCCGAUGCCGAACGCGAACGCCAACGUGGCCACCAUACUGAAGUCGUACUCCGGCCAUGAUGCGAUCAAUCUCUCGCAGGCUGAUACGGCCAAGAUGUUGUGCGCACUGUCUCACCAGGCUGACACCCUGUUCGCGGAUGCUGCCGAACGACUUAGCCUGCCAGCUCUGCUGCAUUUCUUGAAGAGUCUGUGCCGGGCUUCCCGCGAGCAAUUGUACCGCAGUUCGUCCUCCAAGAAGGGCAAGAAAUCCUGGUGGCUUGGACGGCCCUGGAAGGUGAAGAACGAUUCGCUGCCGCUGUCGUUGCUGCUGCAUCGGGUUGGCGAUGUUACGCUGAAGGUGUUCCGCGGACCAAGACCACUGCUGCACAUUUUGAAGGUUUGGGCCAUUACCGGACCGCAUCUGAUGGAUGCUGCCUGCCACAAGGAUCGGACCAUCUCCAAGCGAGCGAUCGAGUACAUCCACGACAUCAUAACCGCCCUGCUAGUCGAGCAGUCCGAGCUGCCGCACUUCCACUUCAACGAAGCGCUGCUGAAGCCGUUCGAGAAUCUGCUGAGCAUGGAUUCGUGUGACGUCGACGUCCAGGAUCAGAUCGUCGGCUGUCUGUACGAGAUCGUCGAGGCACACCGUACGGAAAUUCGCUCCGGCUGGCGACCACUGUUCGGAACGCUACGAACCGCUCGAAACCGUCCGGUACACCUGUCGAAUAUCAUCGAUAUCUUCCACGUGUUUCUCGAGACGGACAACACGCUGGUGUUCGCCAACGCUGGACUGGACUGUAUCCUCUGCUUGCUGUCGUACUUGGAGAUAUCCGGCAGCGGAGGUGGAAACGGGGCCGGAACCAUAGGCGCUGGAGGCGCCGACGGCGCUGCAAACGACGACAAUAACAUCCGAUCGAGUGAUUUUUUAUAUGAUGCUCUAAAAUUCCUCGAACGUUGCUCAUCGAUUCUUAGCUUUAUGUACAACAUGCCCCAGUGUCCCAACCUGCAUUCGACCUAUAAGAUCAAGGGAAUCACAUAUACCCACAUCAUCGAUGCCAACAUUCCGAACUCGAUGGAAAACUUCACCUACUUCGGGCAGGAUUAUCUGCAGAGCAGCAAUGAGCAGUACAUGAUCAGCUAUCGGUCGCUGCAUAUCGACAAGGAAACGAUCACCAAGAUCGACGAACUGGACAAACCCAGUGGCGUGCUGAAGGUUUGGUUCCUGCUGCUGGAUGGGUUGACGAACUCGCUGAUAGUUUGCCCGAUUGCCCAUCAAUCGCCAAUCCUGCAGUCGAUCUUCAAACUGUUUAAAUCACUGCUCGUCAAUCCGGGCAUCGAGUUUGGGUUCUACUGCAUCAACCAUCUGCUGAUUCCGAUGAUUCAGGACUGGCUGCGGUACGUGAAUAAAGCGCAAAAAAAUUGGAGCUUAAUCGAGAAGAACUUUAAGCACUGCUGCUGUAUGACGACCGAUUUGGUGGUGGAGUUUAUCGAGAAAUCACAAACACAGAUCGCAGGGCUUGAGGACCGGGUGGUGAUCGGUAGUGAGCAAAGCGGUUAUCCAGUGACCCAGCAGAGUCAGGUGAAGAAGAGUAAGCUGACCACGAUCGUGCGACCGGUGGAUAACUUGAAGUAUAGUAAGAUUCGGAAAAUGGCUGCCGAGGAGCAGCAAUCGAAACAGUCCGGGUAUUAUGGGAAGGUUUCGAAGGAGGAGGAAGCAGCGUGUGGCGCUACCAAGAUUCCAACGGCGGCGAUUUUGGCGUUGAAACAACUGCUGCUGGUGUUGAUCGAGUGUUCUGCGCAGUCACAGGAGACGAUCGCUCGGGUGGGGGUUAGCUGUAUGAAGCAUAUCAUCUUCUCGACGGGGCACAUUUUCAACGAGGACCAGUGGAUGGUGAUCACGUCGGCGAUCCAUCGGGCCAGCACGGUCACGAUGGCACCCCUGAGGCAGCUGAUUUUUGCCUUCAACGAGAACUCGAACAGCUUCUAUGGGGAUUGUGCGAAUGUUAAGGUGGCCGCCCGGAGGGAUAGUACCCUGGAGGAGCUGCAGAGGGUGCAUUCGCUGGCGCAGCAAGUUUUUCUGAUGGAUAAUCAGCGGGAGGUUUUGAGUUGCAGGAUUGCUGGUAAUGGUAAUGGGACGAAUGGUGCCGCUGGCACCAGCACGGAUGAUCGAUCGUAUUCGUUCUUGCUGUAUCCGCUGAAUUGUAACACGAGCAUGACUCAGUCCUGCUCGGUUACGGGAGGAGGUAUCAGUGCGUCCCUGCAGAGCAGUGGUAUGAAUUUGGAUAGUUAUAUAAUUAGGAUUCCGUAUCGUAGCUUGAUUGUGGGUUUGCUGGCCAGUCAGAUGUUGCUGCAGUUGAUUGCUAACAUUUUGCUGAAUGGAUUGACGAACGUGCCGAACGAGUUGAACUCUUGCAUCUACAACGGAGGGGAUAGUAGUGGCGGUAGCACCAGUAAGGCCCUAUUCCAGCUGGGCUACCGAAGCAAGGAAGUUUUGUUGCGAACGCUGCGACAGUUUCUGAUCUGUUCGAUGGACUUCGACACUCGACCGGGGUUGAAGUUCUUGAUACAGAAGGUUUCGAACAUUGAGAGCGCAGCGAAUCUGUACAAGCAGAUGACGUCCUCGUGGAUCAUCAACUUCAUGACUUUGGUUGAUGUGUACAUAAACAACAUCCGGGCGUACAAUUUGAACGAGGAUGACAUUAAGUACAUUUUGGACUCGUGCAGUCACAUGACAGCCGCCAGCCAGCAGUGGAAGAAGAACGAAAACUUCGUCCAUUAUCUGCUCGCGCUGCGAGAUCUGUGGGAUCUAAUCUCGGAGCAUUACAUCGACAAUUUGGAAGUCAACGGAAGCGACGGAUCUCCGAUUACGCACAUUGUGGAGAAUAAACUGGAGAAGUACGAGCGGUUUGACGAUAAACUGGACAACAGCUCGGGUAGCGAGGAAGAUCCGACUAGCAGCCCCGAGGGUGGCCAGAACACGGACGAAUCUCCGUGUCGCGCGAGCAUCCCACAAAUCAAUCCGGAGUCGCCGUCGAAGAGCGACGAGGAAAGCGUUUCAGUGUCGACAAUUGUCGGCAAUCAUCGAGUGAAUCCCUUUAACAUUGCAGCCAGCCAGCAGCAGCAUCUUCAGCACCAGCAACAGCUGCAGCAUCAGCAACAACAGCAACAAUCAAUCUCCCCGGAAAUCGAACAACAGCGAACCAACAGCAUCCAGAAGGAUCUAGUUAGCAAACGGUCAGCCCUCAAGCAGCUGAUUGUGGCCUCAAUGGAGCUGCUAAAACUCCUUCCGGAGGAACAAGCGGAAAUGCUAAAGCUUCUGCUUACGCCGCGCAUUCGCGAAGCGUUCCGCGCGGUUCAAGAACAGGGUGCCGGAGGCGUCCUCACGAUGGAAUAGAAACGGCUGCCAGCCGCUUCCGGCUGUACGGCUUUCUUUUACGUACGUACUUUUGACACUUACACAUAUGCAAAUGAACAUUUCGAUGGAAGACAAGAUAUAAUCGACUAGACUGAAUUCGUUUAACAAAAUAUAUAUCGCAAAUUUACAGACAAUGCAAGAGCAAGCAGAGGGAAAAAAAUUAAAGUUUGAGUGGGCGGUUCGAGAAGUAAAAAGUGAAAAACACAUAUUUUGAUGAUAUAUAGCUUAUACAUGAUUUAUACACUUAAGCAUGGAAAAAAAAUCAUAUAUACCUACAUAUAUAUACACAUCUCCCUGCCGCGAUACGCAAAACAAAAAAAAACAUAUAACUGUUGAUAUACGCUAAGGAAUUUACCGGAACAAGCUAAAAAAAUUAUUCUACGAUAAACUUGAGCUAUGCCCUCCACGCAGCAGCUGUGAAAACAAUACACACAAACACACACUAACAAAUUCCAUUUCACACAACACUAGCAAUUAAAACGCUCAAGCUAAAUUAACACACACACACACACACUCAAACAUGAAAAAUUCAACCUUCAACCGGCCGCUUCUACUCGCACAAGACAUAUUUUUCUCUCUAAACCCACACAAACACAUGUAUAAUCAAACGCAAACUCUUAUUACGGCUCGUUAUAAUCGCAAACCUUGGCCACCGCUUUCCCUCCCCCCCCCCCUAUUUAAUCAACCAUAACUAAGGCUGUUACGCUUUUCGGUUUUACGUAUUCAGUCAAAUCGCUUCUAAACGUAUUUAUCUCUCGCUUACAGCAAACGAACACACACACACACACAAAAACGAACAAAUUAACUUUAAACUAAACCGCUUAUGUGAAUCUUGAACAAUUUAUUACACUAUCUAACCUCUUUGUAAGCAAAACUAUAACACAAAUACAGUUUUUACUAUACAGACUGCAGGCAAAAACAAUACAAACUUCUUUUUUGUUUUAUGUAAGUUCCCUUCUAUUCUCUACUCUCUUCUAUGUAAACAAAUUCGAGAGAGAAAAAAACAAGCAAAAUAAAAACAAAUUCAAGUAUUUACCAAGAAAACAAACCAAACAAUAAAAAAAGAUAAUAGAAACUCACACAAGUAUUGCGCAAAGGAAAAGGAAUCAGUAUAUGGGAAAAGCAAAAGUUUGUAACUCACACAAUACACACACACACACGAACACAUGAACACAUAAACACAAACACGCAGACGUGUUUGAUGAACGCUGUCUCGUAAACAACAAUAAACAAUUGAAGGUAAUUAUUCUAUAUAUAUAUAUUUGUGCAAACCAGAAAUGCAGUGUUGUUAUUCCGUUUUUUUUU